AUGCCUCGUCGCGUUCGUUUCGUGGACCCGCAGAGGAAGCAGGAUACAUAUGCGCAGUCGGUCCUCUCAUUGUUUCGGAAACUCGCCCGAACGCCUUGGAAUGACGGCCUGAACGACGCAGGCAUCGAACUGUUGGUGCGAGAAUUGACACUGGCCGACAAAUUUACUCAGCAAGAGCGCGCAUGCUUGUCGUGGCAACAACUACUUGUGGCCUACGGAGAGAUCGUUUCGUCAAAGCACGACGACUACGAGUCUCAGACAUUCACCUCCGUGUACGCUGCUCUGAGCAUUGUAGCGAUGCGACUAGGUCACUGCACUGAAUACUUUGUGCACAAGAACAUGAGGGUUCUCGACAUCAAGGACGCUGCGCUCCGGUCCAACAGGGUGGCCGUUCCGAAGCUUAUAAAGCUGCUGGAUAUGCUUGCGGAGAAUCAAUCGGAGCGAGCCUACGAAAUACCCAUGCGUCAGAAGGCAUUGUUGAACCAAUCCAGUCGACUGGCCAAGGAACAUUUUCAACUCAUCGCGCUGAUGUUAACUUGGCGAGGUACCGUCUCGAUCCCCGGCAAAAUGGCCAAUUCCGCGCAGCUCCGUAUCCCCAACCUGGUAUACACGCUCUUAGGUGGACGAAAUAGGAGCUACAUGCCGAGAGAGGAAGCGGCCAUGAGAGCCUUUGCAGUCACGGGCUCACAAGGACACUUGGAGCUUGAAGACAUUGAGCGUCUUCUCGGAGUGCGCAGUCAGCCACGCCGCGGUGCGCUCCGAGAAGAUGAUCUCUUGGAAUGGCGCAGCGGCCUGUUCUGCGCUGCAGGAACAAUGAAGGAUCUAUAG